AUAUAUAUAUAAGUGUGUGUGCAUUUGUAAGUCUAUACGUACUAGUCCUCGGAGUGGGCAACAAAAAUUAGAGUCAUCAUGCUCGUGAAUUGCCAAGAACCGGAGGCAGAGAGAAUGGAAAGCCAAAAUCAUCUCCCACAGAUAUUGGAACCAGCCAAAGGCACUACCAUUCUUAGAACUUGUUUCAAUGGAAUUAAUGCAUUAUCUGGUGUUGGAAUACUGUCAAUUCCAUAUGCACUUUCUGAAGGAGGAUGGCUAAGUCUCAUACUACUUUUCUUAGUGGCCAUCCUCUGCUGGUACACAGGGCUACUUCUCCAACGAUGCAUGGAUGCAAACCCACUUAUCAAGACCUAUCCAGAUAUUGGAGAUGUUGCUUUUGGGUCCAAAGGAAGAGCCCUUAUAUCCUUGUUCAUGUACAUGGAGUUGUACUUAGUGGCUGUUGAGUUUCUAAUCUUAGGAGGUGACAGUUUGGAUAAGUUGUUUCCCAACACGAGUUUCAGAAUAGGAAGCUUCAAAAUUAGAGGUGAGAGAGGUUUUGUGGUGCUGACUGGGCUUGCAAUAUUGCCAACUACAUGGCUUAAGAGUUUGGGAAUUCUGGCCUAUGUGUCGGCCGGAGGUGUUUUGGCGUCAGCACUCAUGGUGGUGUGUGUGUUUUGGGCUGGUGCAGUUGAUGGAGUUGGAUUCCAUGAAGAGGGUCAGCUUUUGAAAGUUGGAGGGCUCCCCACUACUAUAAGUUUGAUUGUGUUUUGUUAUUGUGGUCAUGCUGUUUUUCCCACUUUAUCCAAUUCCAUGAAAGAUAGAAGCCAAUUUUCCAAGGUACUACUCGUAUGCUUUAUCACAAGCACAAUCAACUAUGGAACAAUGGCCAUACUAGGGUACUUGAUGUUCGGAAACAACUUGAAAUCCCAAGUUACACUUAACCUUCCCAUAAGGAAGAUUAGUUCACAAAUAGCAAUUUACACAGCACUAAUUAACCCACUUACAAAGUAUGCCGUCAUAGUCACUCCUAUAGCCACUGCUAUUGAGGAAAAAUACUCUUUUCAAAAAAACAGAGUGAUCAGCAUUCUCGUUAGAAGUCUUAUUGUGCUUAGCACUAUGCUUGUGGCUGUACUUGUUCCCUUUUUCGGCUACGUUAUGGCAUUCAUCGGUGCCUUUUUAAGUGUCACUGUUUCUAUGUUGUUUCCAUGCAUGUUCUACCUCAAGAUUAACAAAGUUGCUAGGACUCUUAGUUUCGAAUUGGUGAUGAUAGGAGGAAUUGUGGUAACAGGUUUCUUUGUUGGUGUAAUGGGUACUUAUUUAUCAUUGAAACAGAUUGUAAAACAUAUUUAAAAUAUGUUGAUGAGUCGCUCAUAGAGAGCUGCUAUACUAUAAUCGGUUCAAUUUUAAAUCCAGAUUUACAAAUUGUAAUUUGUAAUAAUAAGAUUAAUAAAUACAAUAGUUCAUAAAAUGUCGGUUUUAUAGAAGAAGAAAAA